AUGCAUAAAACAUUCAUAAGACAAGUGCCAUAUUUCGAAUUCAAAGGCAUACCAUUCGCCAAGCCGCCCAUUGGAAAUCUUCGAUUCAAAGCGCCCGAACCGAUAGAUCCAUGGAAACCGAAAACAAUUGAUGCAUUCGAAUUUGGUAAUGCAUGCAUGCAAGAUUCAACACGAAAUUUAUAUGUCAGCGAAAAUUGCCUCUAUUUGAAUAUCUUCGCUCCAGCGAAUGCAAAUACCGAAAAGUUAGCAGUGAUGGUUUUUGUGUAUGGUGGUUCUUUUGUGUAUGGCGCAGCACAGGAGUUCGGUCCAACAUUUUUGAUGGAACAAAAUGUAAUUCUUGUUACAUUCAAUCAUCGUGUUGGAGCAUUUGGGUUUUUAUCACUUGGGACGAGGGAGUAUUCAGGAAAUAUGGGAUUGAAAGAUCAACAAUUGGCGUUUAAAUGGGUGCACAAUAAUAUCGAACACUUUGGUGGUGAUAAUACACGAAUCACCAUUAUGGGACACAGUGCAG